AUGCCAUCCAAAGGAGUCAAAUGCUUUGCAUACAUUGCAGUCGAUGGAGUCGAGAUUGAAUUCACCGUUCCAAAACACAGCAUCAGGCGAAGUGAACAACGCGAAUUUCUCUUCGACCAUCUAGAAAUUGAGUUAUCCAACCUCCCCCGUUUUAAAUUUACUGGAAACUUCGAAUUCAUAGUCCGCCGCGAUGGUCGGGAACUGACCAAGCAAUGGGUCGCAGUAAACAGCAUGACGGGCAAAGUCGAAGAAGGCACAAUGGUCAACAUGGAGCAGACACCCGCCCUAUUCCCUGAAGACGUCGUGAUAACCUACGGCUUCUAUGACGCAGGACCUGGACUCGCAGAACUACCCAAGCAACACCAAUGCUACGUAACAGUAACGCCCAACUACGAAAACUGGAUGCGCGACAAGAUCCCCCAGGACUCUGAUCUUGCCAAUCGCCCCUUUCACAAAAUGGUCCUACCAUCUGCCCACGACAUUGGCAUGAACAACAUGUCAUCCAGUCUAUCUCUGAUCAAAAACGCCGGCACAGGUCUCAUCCGCGAAGUUCUGGGCCGCUCCCUCCCACGCGCCUUCUCCAUCCUUAACAAAGUCAGCGACGGAGCCAUCAACCGCAUCGCGCCCGACAUCAUCCGUGCCCUCGCCAUCACCCAAAAGGAUACCCUCGACUCUAUCUUGAAAAUCGGCGCCCGAUACUUUGAGUUCCGCCCCGCGAAAUGCCACCGCCAGCUCCACUCUAUCAGCUCCUUGGACGACACUUUGUACUUCCAGCACGGCGCCAUCCCCGGGAUGCCCUACCGCGUCCUCCUCGACCACAUAACCCGCUUCCUCGCCUCACACCCGGACGAAAUAAUCGUCAUCCACAACCGUUGGGACGGCGUCCCCGACGCCUGCCCCCGACCCAACCCCUCCGACCUCUCCGACAUCCUGGACCCCCUCCUCUCCGACAAAACGCUCUGCAUAGGCUCAGAAGACGACAUGCGCCACCUAUCCAUCCACUCCCUCCGCGAGCAGCACAAACGCCUCAUCCUCCUCACCGACCUCCCCCAAUACUCAAACUACGACGACGUCGACAACGCAACCCUAACCGGCGACUCCAUCCUUUCCCGCCUCCACGACAUAUCCUCCACUGACCCCCCGCCCAGCAACGAUGCACCAGUCACGCUGUUUCAGUGCCAGGCCACCGCUACGAAUAUCAGAGAUGUAAUCGUGGCCACCGUCCUGCAUAGCGAUGUUAGCACCAGUCCCAUCUUGGCCACGAAGCCCGUGUGCGAUGCAAAGAUUCUGCCGUUGUUGAAGGGCGAGGUGGGGAGGAAGUUGGUGGGGGAGAGGGAAGGGGUUGUUGUUUUUUUGAAUGAUUUUUUUGAUGGGGCCACGGCGGAUGUGGCGGUGGAGGCUUGUGUGGAGAGGUUGGGUUGA